UGCCAAGACUUGAUAAGUCGCUUGUAAAACACAGGAGGUAUGGAAACUAAGAACACCAUAUACAGUAUUUGGAUAAUUGUACAGCUGAUUUAACACAACACAUUUGUUUUAUUUCAUUUAUGUGGUGGGUAGAGUUGUUGCGGUGGCAUUGAGACACACAUGGUGCAGUGGAGCCGCUGCGCACAGCUGAUCGGCAGCUGGAACACAAACCACGUUUGUAAACAAAGCCCCAACUGUUUGUAAAUACAUGUGCAAACCCAGCUUAAUUGCACUCGGUUUACUAUCAUUUCUAAAAAGGGAAGAACAUUACGUUACAUCUAAGGUAGGCUAUCCUGUGCGUCUGGUGACGGGCACACCUCGGUGUGCAACUAUAUACGUUUCAGUGAUUAAAAAAGCUUGCAUGGUCUAAAAUCAAUUAUCAAUAAUAACUUUUAACAGUGGUAGGCUACAACAAGGGUUAACACCGAUUCAGCUGUAGGUGCCUUACACCAUAUAGAGUAAAGGGAUAGUAUUAUUCAUUAUGAUUAUGACGAAUCUUCGUCUUAUUAUGGCUAGCAAAUGGACCAGUCAAUAAAAGCAGGGUAAUUUCACCACCUGUAUCUUAUCAGAUACAAUCAGGUGGCCGGGUGUGUAUACAAAUGCGUGCCAUCACAAUGCGUAAUGACGCACAAUGGCUGAUUUGGCACUGCUAGAGGACUUGGCGAAUGGAAGAGUGCGGAGGGAGCGACAUUUCAGAGACCAGCAAGAUUUGCUGGCCAAUGAUGAUGAGUGGCUCAUGAGUCGGUUCCGACUUCCAAGAGCGGUUUUGUUGGAGCUUUGUGCUGUGUUGGGCCCGGCUUUGCAGAGAAGCACACUGAGAAACCGAGCCGGUUCCAAUCCAAGUGCUAACAACACUUGGAUUUCUGGCAACCGGCACGUUUCAGAGGGAAAUGGCUGACAGGUCGGGAUAUCCCAGCCAACCCUCAGCCGUGUUAUGCCACAUGUGUUGGGAGGUAUAAUUGCGUUGUCGCAUUUCUACAUUAUGUUUCCUUACACGGUGGGUGAGCAGGCAAAUUAAAAAAAUGCAAUUUGCAGCAAUGUCCGGUUUCCCAAAUGUAAUCGGUGCCAUUGACUGCACUCACGUUGCUUUAAGGGCACCUAGUGUGAAUGAAAGUGCAUUCGUUAAUCGAAAGCACUUUCAUUCCAUUAAUGUCCAAAUCAUAUGUGAUGCGAAUGUAAAGGAGGGGGAGGGGUAAUAAUUUAAGGAGGGAAAGGGUUCUUUUAAAUCAGGUGGAGAGCAAAACUGGGUAAUCAAGGAGCCAACUACUAAGUUUAAAACACAAUGAUUUAUUCAGUAGAACAUACAAUCUUUACUAAGAAAACUAAAAUCAGAGCUGUCUAAAAUAUAAUCUCAGUAAAAAGAUAGUCUAAAACUAUGUUAAAAUACAAUUAAACGUAGUUAAAACAAUACAAAGAAUUCGAAUGUUAAAAGGGUUUAAAAGUAUUUUCUCAAAACCAGUCUUUCCAGGGCUGUAAAUGUGCUCCGUCGACCCUCUCUCGGACUGCCGUGUCUUUUAAUCCCUUUAUUGCGUGUGCCUCUGCUCCUGGUGCGUUCUGCUUCUGCUGUCUCCUUCAGUCUCAGUCCCAGUUUCCGUCUCUGCUCCUGGUGCGCUCCGCCUCUGCUGUGCGCUCCGCCUCUGCUGUGCCCUUCAGCCUCUCAGUUUCCGUCCCUGCUGUGCCCUUCAGCCUCUCUCAGUUUCCGUCUGUCCUCUGCUGCUCUUCUCCUUCCCUUUAUAGGGCCCAUUCCCAAACCGCCCCCUACACCCUACCCCUACACCCUACCCCUCCGUUUGCGCGUUCACGCGUAGGGUCCGCCAUAUUGAGGGCUGGUCCAAAGCAAUCAGGGCGGAGGCGUAGUGGGUUAUAAAAGCCUCCGACGGCGAGUUUGCAUGGAUGCAGGCUUGAUAAUCUCACUCCACAGGUGUGCAACCGUUUGUCGGGCAUGGAGGAAACAACGUCAUACAAAUGGACUGUGGUAAAAACCAAGGCACUUAUUGCUUUAAGGACAAGGACGACCUGUUCUGCAAAAAACGCAAUGCUGCCAAAGAAGCAUGGGAGUCAAUCAUUAAGGAACUGGACCUUGGGCAACAUGUGUCUCACAAACAGGCCUCCAAGAAAUGGGAUAACCUAAAAAAGAAAUACAAGGAACUUAAAAGGCCAAGGACUGGAACAGGGACUGAUCAGGGGGAAGAAACCCCUGCAACAUGGCCCUUCUUCAUGGCCAUGGAUGAGGCCAUAGGUGCAACGCCUUCAAUUAGUCCUCCUGUCCUUGUUGCCUCAGCCUUGGCAAACCCCACAAUCCUCUUUGAUCCAGAGGCUACUUCCUGCUCCUCUUCCUUCCCCCCCCCAAAUGUGGCUGAUGAUCCAGACCCCUCACCACCCUCAUCACUGUCUGAGGCUGGAACCACCAGGUGCUAUGGGAGUGCUGGAGUGCCUAGAACGCGAGGCAGAAAAAGAGGACGAACGCCACAGAGAAAUAAUGCAGCACUCAGAUACAUUUCUAACCCUGUUCGAAAAAAUGGUCGACAAAAUGUGAUUUAUUUUUUCCCCCCCACCAUUGGCCAUUUCUAUGUUUGAUUAUUGAUGUUACUUAAAAGACUUGUUUUUGUUCGCUUGUAUUAUUUAUUUGGAAGACAAUAAACCUAAUUUAACGUACUGUCCUUCAUGUCUUCAAUAUUGUAUGGGAUAUAGUAAAUACAGGUAGACGGGUGAUGAAGGUGACAUUGCGUUUGCUUGAUUGUUGGAUGGCUACAUUGUUCUGUGUGGGUUUCAUAAUGUAGAAGGAAAAGUUUUGCACAAAGUAAUGUUGUGCACGGAACUAAAGUGUUUUUUCCAAAGUCUGAAGAUUAACCCUGAAUAUCAGCAUUUUAAAUAAAGAUGUCUGUGCGCUUCAUAGGUAUAAGGCAUUAAAAUAUACAUGACAUUUACGGUCUUAAUUGCUCAUGUCAAACCAUUUGCAGAGUUUCACUCAAAAGCAAAAGUGAUUGUAUUAGAAGACCUGUGUUCAUUUUCUGAACCUUUGCUCUGUGCUCGUGAUUGAAUGAUCGAAGAGGUAAGGACAUUUGUCUCCAAUUUGGAAUUAUGCAGAAAGACAAUUCAGGAAAACCAAGUUUGAAAUCAACGGUGCACAGGUUUAUUUUAUUUCACCUCUUUUCUCUAAAGUGAGAAGUGGAGCUCACUAAAACAAACAAAAUUAAUCAGGUAUGUGUGCACAUCAUUUCAAAAACACGAGUUAACCUCUUAAGCCCCA